CCCCCGCCCGAGUUACAACCGGUUCGUGCCGGCCGCGCCCCGCCCCGCCGCGCCGCGCCGGGGAUGCGGGGCUGCCCGGCUCGCCGGGGGCGGCUCCUGCCCCCCGCCCGGCCGCCCCCGCCCCACGGGCGCCCGCUGCCGCCGGCGCGGGGCGCAGGUAGAGUCACCACGUGAAGUUACAUUUGUAGGAAGCUGAAGGACUCUUUUGUCAUCAUCUUCAGAAAGGCAGUGUGACGUGUUUAUUUGUCUGCCUUGUCUCUUGGGGGUGUCCCGGAGUAGAAUUGUUACUGCAGCAGUCUUAAUGUGAAAGCUGCAGUGUGAAGAUGGUCCUUGAGAAUAUUUCGUGAAGAAAACAGGGUUCUGCCUGUACAUCUGCACUCAUUUGACAAGAUGGUAUUUCGGAAACCACCAGAUGGUGGCUGGGGCUGGGUGAUUGUUGUCGUUUCCUUCUUUACUCAAUUCUUGUGUUACGGAUCACCGCUGGCAGUGGGAGUCUUGUAUUUAGAGUGGCUGGAUGCUUUUGGAGAAGGGAAAGGCAAGACUGCUUGGGUUGGAUCACUAGCAAAUGGAAUCGGAUUGCUUGCCAGUCCUGUCUGCAGUAUAUGUGUAUCAUCUUUUGGAGCAAGACCAGUAGCAAUCUUCAGUGGCUUUAUGGUGGCUGGGGGCCUCAUGAUGAGCAGUUUUGCACCUAACAUAUACUUUCUAUAUAUUUCAUAUGGGAUUGUUGUUGGGCUUGGAUGUGGCCUUUUGUAUACUGCAACAGUUACCAUCACAUGCCACUAUUUUGACAAACGCAGAGGCCUUGCACUUGGUCUGAUUUCAACAGGUUCAAGUGUUGGACUCUUCAUAUAUGCAGCAUUGCAAAGAGAGCUUAUUGAGCUCUAUGGGCUGGACGGUUGUCUGCUAAUAGUUGGUGCACUGUCUCUAAAUAUAUUAGCAUGUGGCAGCCUAAUGAGACCGUUAGAGUCAUCUGAUUCCCUUCCACCAGAAAAAACGUGUGUAAACAAAGUCCCAGAUCAAUAUUUUGUUUACCAUGAAAAAGAAAAGACUGUUGAAGAAAAUAUAAGCAUCCUUGAAAAGGGCUACAUUGAUGAAAAAUGUGUGAACAAUAUGCCUGAAUACAAACAGGAUAGCAUUUUAAAUAAGAAUGUAUUAAGCUCAAUAAAUGUAAAUGAGAAAGACACUUAUAAAAAGAAAGUUGUAGAACAGACAAACUUCUGCAAGCAACUCGCCAAAAAGAAGUGGCAGCUCUAUUUAAACUACUGGGAGGAAACCGUGGUUCUUUUUAAGAACAAAGUAUUUUCAGCUCUCUUUGUUGCCAUCUUGCUCUUUGAUGUUGGUGGAUUUCCUCCUUCUCUGCUCAUGGAGGAUGUAGCAAGAAGUGCAAACAUUAAUGAAGAUGAUUAUCGUAUGCCCCUUAUUUCCAUUAUAGGCAUUAUGACUGCUGUGGGCAAACUUACCUUGGGAAUACUGGCAGAUUUCAAGUGGGUUAACACUUUAUAUCUAUACGUAACUACCUUACUAAUGACAGGAGUGGCCUUGUUUGCAAUUCCAUUUGCCAAAAGUUACCUUACAUUAGCGAUGCUUUCUGGGGUUUUGGGUUUUCUGACUGGGAACUGGUCCAUUUUUCCAUAUGUAACAACGAAGACUGUGGGAAUUGAGAAACUGACUCACGCGUAUGGGAUAUUGAUGUUCUUUGCUGGACUUGGAAAUAGCCUCGGACCACCAAUUGUAGGUUGGUUUUACGACUGGACGCAGGAGUAUGACACUGCAUUCUAUUUCAGUGGCUUUUGUGUCUUACUGGGUGGAUUUCUUCUGCUGUUGGCAGCGUUACCCUGCUGGAAUGCCUGUACCAACCAGAGCUCAAAGCUGCCUCCAAAUACUUACUCCUACAAAGUUGCAUCUAGUGCUUAGGUGACAACUGGAAAACACUUUGUGCUUUUUUAUAUUAUAUAGCAAAGUAUUUUAGUAAUUUUCCACUUAUUUAUGAAACCCCAAAAUCUUCUUCCACUAGAAAAAUUCCAUUGUUGCUUGUUGUUCAGUUCCUUCUUCUUCUCUUAUUUCUUUUUUAUUUUAUUUUUAAAACCAGUCUUAUUUUGUGUACUAUGCACCAUGUUUUCAGCCUUUGUCUACUGUAAUUUCACACCGUAAGGGGUAUAUUCUGCUGUAUUAUCAGGUGUACUUUUAUUGUUUUUUUUAAGGGGGGUGGUGUGGAAGGGGUGAAAACUUUGAUGCAAAAAUGAAGGCCAGUUCCUUAUAGGAGAAGGCUGGCAUUUCUGUCACCUUCUAUAGGUCUCCAAGUUGCACAAUCUGACUUUACAAAACAAAAAUUUGCCUUAUUAGAAUGUAAUAUUGUGGCAAGGUGCUUAUAACAUCAUGUGUAGAUUAAUGUUUUAGCUUUUUAAAGUUUCUCCAAUUUACAAUGAAGUGCCAAUUGGGGGAGGGAGAAGAGGGGGAACAAAACCAACCUUGUGUUGUGUAAAUGAGGUGAACUUUAUGAUGAAAGUAAAGAUUCUUACUACCACUGCAACUAAGAACUGUGUUUAUAAAUAUUGCACAUUUUGUGAAGUCUGUUUAUAAAACUGUUGAACCAAAACCUUUUGAACCAAGGAAUAAAUAUAAUUGUUGAAACCAUGAAAGAAAUGAUGACUUGGUUAUGCAAGUUCGUAAUCUUUAGGUUGGAGUUGGAAUGUGCUCACAGAAGCCCACAGGUGAGUGUUGUUGCUAAGCCAGUCACCCACAGUCUGGCAGUACUGGGGGCAUCUCUUGUUGCACAACUGUGUCUUGGUAGGUUGAACCCACUGUGGAGAGCUUAGUAGUAGAGAGCUUUCAACAAGGUAGACCUAUGAAAUAAAGGAAAAAUGUGGCAGCAAUGUUAUCUUUGCUCAGUCAUUUUUGGAAUGAACACAGCAAGGAGUAAAGUUAGUAACAAGAAGCAAUAAAAAGCACAGAGGUGGGAUAACAGAAGAGGUACAGGGGAAGCUGAGGUGAAAGGAGUUGCAACGCUUGAACACCAAACAGCCAGUGAAGAGAGAGCCCCUGAGCCCACUGCCUGGAUACUCUCUAGCUGCUGGCUAGCUCUGUGUGUGUGUUGGCUUUUUGCUUUUGUUUAACCCAAGGCUGGCAUGACGAGGGGAAUGCUGUGUGAGGCUGAAGUCUUUCCUGAGCCAGGCAGGUGCUACAGUGGAGGCAGGAGAAUACUUGUCUAGCUCUGCACUGCCCGGCAUGCCCUGUGCAACAGCUUUUGCUUCCGUAACUGCUCCCAUGCCAAAGAUGUGUCUGGUUGCUCUUGCACAGUAGUCAGAGAAAUCUAUCCACAUAUGGCAUGUGCUGCACGCUUUGGUUUCUUGCUGUAGGUUUAAAGUUUUGUGGAGCAUGUUGGGAAGCCUUUGGUGGGGUUCAAGUCCUUAGUUCUGAGUUACAUCCUGUAUGGAUGCCUACAAAUGCCGCAGUAGUUCUCAGCAGUACUGUGUGCCUCAAAUGUCUGCUAUGAUUCUGGCCUAUAAAUAAUCCUUAAUAUAAAGGCAUGUAAUGAGCAACCUUUAUUGCCAAAGUGUUAUGUGCAGAGUUAACUGUGCUUGCACACCUCAUUAAGCAAGAGCGAUGCAACCUCUAAGCAGGGCAGACAUUAAGUGCAAGUCAUGUUUCCUCUUCUGGUCUGAGGUAGAAAAAUCCUGCUUAGCUUCAGAUAGUUUUUGCUGACUUUCUGGGAUUCACUUAUGUUUGUUUGUAUUAAAAAAACUUGACAAAAAUAAA